AUGAGCAAGCGGGCGCAUGUCAGGAAAAGAUGGUCAAGCAGAGUCAGUACUUGGAACGUCUUCAAAAGGAACUCGACAAGGAGAAGAAGAAGAAGGCGAAUCAAUGAUUGGUCGAAACGGUUCAAGGGAGCGCUCGGGCUAGCUCUUUCUGCAAAGGCCGAAAUUCGGAGAUUGACACGGCCAACACAGCAGCAGCAUACACAGCUGCAAGAAGUCAGAGCUGAGCUGAAGAGGGCGAAGGAAGCGACGAAGGGGGAUGAAGAAGCUGCUGAAGGAGACGGGGGUCUAAAGCGGAAAUUGGGCAGCGUAAAUGCUGAAACUGAGGAAUCGAAGAGGACUCUGGAGGUACAGAUGAAAGAAUAUGAGCCGGAGAUCGACUACCGAGACCAGAGGACCAAGCGGCGCGAGCGAGGACUUGAAAUUCUGCAUUCCGAGAAGGAUCACCUGGAAGACUACAAAGAGCAGCUGGAAGACGAAGUCAAGAGCCAUGAGCGUAUCGUCAAGGCGGUCAGGUUGGCUGCUAAGCGCAAUGCCGCGCACAAUUGGCAGGGACUUGGGACGGGAUGA